CCACUUUGCGCGCAGGUCCUCCCCGCACGCCCCGCGCUCGCUACCAUGCCCAACCCCAGCUGUACCUCCUCUCCCUGCCCCCUCCCCGAAGACGUUAGGAACCUGUUGGCAGAUGUUGAAACAUUUGUAGCAGACACACUGAAAGGGGAAAAUUUAUCCAAGAAAGCAAAGGAAAAAAGAGAUGCUCUUAUUAAGAAAAUAAAAGACGUAAAGUCUGUCUAUCUGCAGGAAUCUCAAGACAAAGGGGAUGCAGAAGAUGGGGACGAAUAUGAUGACCCUUUUGCGGGGACACCAGACACGAUUUCUCUGGCCUCAGAACGUUUUGAUAAAGACGACGACGGCCCCUCAGAUGGAAACCAGUUUCCUCCGAUUGCAGCCCAGGAUCUGCCUUUUGUUUUGAAGGCUGGCUACCUUGAAAAACGCAGGAAAGAUCACAGCUUUCUAGGAUUCGAAUGGCAGAAACGGUGGUGUGCUCUCAGUAAAACGGUCUUCUAUUAUUAUGGAAGCGAGAAAGACAAACAGCAGAAAGGUGAAUUCGCGAUCGACGGCUACUCGGUCAAGAUGAACCAGACCCUUAGGAAGGACGCGAAGAAAGACUGCUGCUUCGAAAUUUCCGCUCCCGAUAAGCGAGUCUAUCAGUUUACCGCAGCUUCUCCCAAAGAUGCUGAGGAAUGGGUACAGCAGCUGAAAUUUGUGCUACAAGAUAUGGGAUCUGAUAUUAUUCCUGAGGAUGAUGAUGAUGAAAGAGGAGGUUUAUACGAUGAUGUUGAUCAUCCUCUACCAAUCAGCAGUCCGGGGUCGAGCCACCACCAGCCAGUAGAUGAUGAAAUUUAUGAAGAGCUUCCAGAAGAGGAAGAGAAUGAAGCUCCAGGGAAAAUGGAGGAACAAAGGAAGACGAGCCAGGCCAGCGUUCCUCAACCCCCAGGAGACAAAAGCACCGAUUAUGCCAAUUUUUACCAGGGUUUGUGGGACUGCACGGGUGCUCUUUCUGAUGAGUUGUCCUUCAAACGUGGCGAUGUGAUCUACAUUCUCAGCAAGGAAUACAAUAGAUACGGCUGGUGGGUAGGAGAAAUGAAGGGAGCCAUUGGCUUGGUGCCUAAAGCCUACAUAAUGGAGAUGUAUGAUAUUUGAGUCUUGGCAGGAAAUACCAACAUGUAGUCUGAAGGACAACAUUAAAGUGCACCUUCCCCUUUUUGUCUGCAGAAAAGGAGAGGAUCCCUGUGCUCAUCGGACUCGCGCGGCCUCGUGGAAGCAUGAGGGACAGCUCAUAACCUUUCUUUGUUUUGUUGAGCAUCGUUUGUCUUCGACUGUUAUUUCAUGCAGUCAUUUGUUAUACUAUUCCUCUGAUGUGAAAUUUAAUGAAGGGUAUUAAUGUAAAUCAGAUGCAAGCACUAAAGUUACACCUGUUGCUUUUUUUUUUUAUAAAGAAGUAAUUGCAGUUCUUAUCUACCCAUCUGAUUUGUGUGAUGAGUUCAGCACUGUUUUAUAUGUACGGCCAUCACGACUAUGACUCCUGGUGUGCCUCCUAAUCCCUUUUAAUUAUCAGAAAUUAUUUUUUAGAAUGCAACAUGCCAUUUUGUAGAAAUGUUAGUGGCCGAUAUCCGGCGAGGUUUGGGUAGAUGCUCGCCAGAGUCGGUGGUUUUGUUAAAGCUUUGCAGACAAUCUAGUUCUCGUGCAUUUUCCACACAGCAGCAAUAAGUUUUCCUGCAAGGACGUUUACCGAUGGCACAUUUGCUCCACGUGAAAUAUGACCCCGGGGAACCAACAUCACACCUGCACACGGUGGGGUGGUGCCACCUUCAACACAGUGCCAGCUAGAAACCUGGUUUGGGCAAAGCACUUUGUCAGUAAUAAACGUCCUCAUUCUGCACUGGGCUUGCUGCCAUUUUGUACCAUGGUUUUGUUUAAAUCCAGUAAACCAAACAAUGCCUGAGAAUCACCAUGCUGGCUGCACUGAUACGAUGGUGUCAAGAAGCUCAAUGCAUUCCCAAAGUCAAAAGGCAUAAGCAAGCACGCUCUCAUCCUCCCUUAUCAUUGCCGGGCUAGGGCGGUCCCCAGGGGGUGGGAGAUCGUGUGUCCCCUCCACCUUCUCAGAGUCCGAGGAGAAAGGGCGGCGUGGAGAGAGCAUGGUGGUAGCGAGCAUCGUCACAGGUGCCAACAGGCGCUCCAGUCACAUCCUGUGGUGCCCGAGCAAGAUUUGUAGAAUCACGUUGUACUUUUUCAGGUAUAUUUGAAAGCCAAAGGUAUGUUGAAAUGCCCAGAAGGUACCAUAAUGGCCACACUAUCAAUCAAAAUGCCUUGCUGAUUUUACAAUUAGUUGGAGUGGAGACCAUCUCCUAAUACUGCAUCGUUAAGCAGGUGCUCUCUUCGUUGAACUCCAGAACAGUUGUCACCGUGCACCCUCUGUGUGUGUAUUUAUAGAAAGCUCUUUCAAGCAGUAUUUCAGAGGACACAUGUCAGAACUACCCCGUCCAAUUCCAAAUGUUUAGAAAAAGAAGGG